GGCAUGCAUAUGUUUGACUUUAUAUUAAUACCAAAGAAGAUGGAGUAAGAAUUUGAACUUUGAAGGUAGAGAAAGAAAAGAGAGAGAGAGAGAGAAAGAGAGAAAGAGACGAUGGUGAUAAAGAGAAUAGAGCUAUGCAUAGAGAUUACGAAGAUAGCAAUGGAGUUCUUGGUAGUGGUGGCUGACGCCGUGACAAUCUUUUUAAGGCAAUCUUCUCCACCUCCUCCGGCUCUCCUCCGCCAUGGCCUCUACUCUUACUCUGCCUCCCUUAAUCGUCCUUCUUCCCAUUACGUCAUCGGCUUUCUUCCCUAAGUUUGUAAUCGUUUCGUUUUUAAUGCUUUGUAAUAUAUUCAUGUAUAUUCUUGCUUUUUUUAUAAUGAAUGUCCAUGUAUAUUGAUUUCUUAAUUUUGUAAUACAUCACCUUUCACCUCACUUUCUCUAUAUGUAUGUAUAUUUUUAACAACAAGAACUAGUUUUUAGCCA